AUGGCUGACAGUGUGAAAGGGAAAUUAAUAUUCAACGAAUAUAAAUUUUCGGCAAGAAAAUCUAGAAAUACGCAAGGCUGUGACAACUGUUUUGAUGAAGGUGUUACAAAACAAGCAGAGGGAUUUUGUAUUGAUUGUCAGGACUACCUGUGUGGUGACUGUUUCAGAGGUCACCGUCUUCCACGACCAGUGCGUCAUCACAGACUAUUGGAUAAAAAUGAAAUGCCAAAAAGAAAGGUGUCAGUGACUUUAUCUGAGCACUGUAUUAACCAUCAGGGUGAAACACUAAAUUAUUACUGUGACACUCAUGAUAUCGUUGCCUGCACUUUGUGCAUAUUUCAGGAGCAUCGAAAUUGUACCGACAUCUGCACCGUUGUCGAAAAAGCAGACAAAAUUAAAGAAUCUGCUUCAUACAAAGAGCUAUGCAUGAAAUUAACAGAGGCAGGAGAAAGGAUUGGUAAACAAAUUAAAGAGGCAAAAUUAAAAAUAAACAUAAACGAGAAAUCUAACGAAGAAGCAGUUUCAAGCAUCGACAAAUUUCAAAAGGAAUUAAAUAAGAAAAUUGAUUCUUUAAGGAAUCAGAUGGUAAGAGAAUCAGAAGACUUGCAGAAUGGAGUUCGUUUGAAGAUGAAUGAAGGCGAAGAAACGGCAAAAAGAGCAAAAGGGGAACUUGGAGAUCUACAAAACGAUAUCCAAUUUCUGGAAGAAGCAAAUCUGCAUAGUCAGCUCUUUAUAGCCGCAAACAAAGCAAGCAAGCAGCACAAAGAUUUAGAAGACGCAUUAAGACAAAUGGAAAUUAAAAAAGAAAUAAAGAAAUAUCGGUUCAUUCCAAAUCAAAUACUCAUCAAUCUGAUGCAAAAUGUGGAUUCGCUUGGUGAAUUAUUUGUUCAAGACAUAGACAACCCAUCUGAGCCUCCUCAAAGUUUUUACGAAAAUUAUUUGGAAUACGGUUUUCGUAAAUGGUUACCACUUUCAGAAGCCAGCAUCAUGGUUCUUGAUCAUGUUCAAAACUGCAUCUGUCUCGUAGAAAAAAGUGAAUUAAUUGAGAUGAAAUUAACAUCUAGGCCAUGGGACAUUACCACUGUAGCAGAGAACCGUAUUGCUGUUACGAUGCCAAAUGAAAAGAAAAUCAAGAUACUGUAUGUAUCUGAUAACUUUUUGGACGAGAACAGAAUAAGUGAAAAGCAAGAUAUCGUGGUUGAUUCUCGCUGUGAAGGGAUUAUAUGUGCUGAAAACGAUAUGUUCGUUACUUGUUCCAGACCAGCAAAGGUAUUACGUCUUGAUCUGAAUGGUAGUGUAAAACAGGACAUAUCAUCUGACGAAUUUGGUGUAGCGUUAUUUAAGCAACCAGCUUAUAUUGCUUAUCACGGAAAAACAGAUACACUUUACAUAUCUGACAGACAAGCAUCCUCGUUUAUAGCUAUGACAAGAGAUGGAGAAAUCAAAAAGAAGUACGAAAACGUGAUGGAAAUUCCCAUCGCCAUUGUUCCGGAAAAAGAUACUCUUCACGUUACGGGACUGCUUGAAAAUGGACAAAGUCGUAAAUUCGGCUUCCUCGAAAUAUCCAUUGAUGACGGUGAAAUAAAAAUUUCUUCUCCAGCAGACUUCAGAGAGUUUUUGCAGAUAACUGCAUUGGCAUUUCAAAAGAAAUAA